AUGGAUUCCUCCUUGAGUUUCUCCUCUGUGGGUUUGGGCUCAGUGGACCCGCAGCUGCAGCAUUUCAUGGAGGCAGAGACUCAGAAGCAGCGCUUCCAGCAGCUGGUGCACCAGAUGACGGAAGUUUGUUGGGAGAAGUGCAUGAACAAGCCCGGGCCAAAGUUGGACAGUCGGGCUGAGGCCUGUUUUGUGAACUGCGUUGAGCGCUUCAUUGAUACAAGCCAAUUCAUCUUGAAUCGACUGGAACAGAAAUCCAAGUCAGCCUUCUCAGAAAGCCUUUCUGACUGA